AUGUUGGACAAAAUCAUUGUCAACUCCUAUAACUUAUGGGUUGUUGUUUUUGUUGCCAUAGGCACAAUCAGCACUGCGUACGGCUUAGCCAUCAUCGGGUCGACCGUAGGUCAGCCUAACUUUUACAUCUACUUCAACCUUGCAACGGCAGGAGAGCCAGGAUAUGAUCAUACUACUAAUAUGAUUGGGGCUCUUAACGGUGUGAACUCAGCCGGCGCAAUAUUUGGCUGUGCAGUAGAUUUAGCCAUGUUUCUCGUUGGUCGUUUCGUUGCAGGCUGGGGCGCAGGAAUGCUAGCCUGCGUUGUCCCAAUGUAUCAAGCCGAGGUGUCUACGCCGGAAACAAGAGGAGCCAUGAUAAUGUACGCUGUUGGCUAUUCACUAGCAGGCUGGCUCGGGUACGCUUGCUAUUUCAUGUCCGCCGACAACCCUCACGUUGAAUUCUCCUGGCGCUUCCCUCUGGCUUUCCAAUGCUUUUUCCCACUCGUUCUGCUGCUCGGUCAAGGAUUCGUUCCUUACUCCCCACGUUGGCUCCUUUCCAAAGGUCGGCGUAAGGAAGCAUGGGAGAUAGUGAAGAAACUUCAUGCAACUAAGGCAGACAUCAAUCACGUUCGAGCUAAGGAGGAAUUCUACCUUAUCGAGAAGCAAUACGAAUUGGACGCUAGCCUACCAAAUCGAUUUCUUGAGAUCUUUAGGAACGGGCCAGAUAGGAAGCGAGCUUUGAUCGGGUUCAUACUCAUGUGGGGCGAUCAGUUCUUAGGAAUAUUUGUUUUGACGAACUAUGGUGUUUUGAUCUAUGCAUCACUUGGCUUGACAGGUUCGAUACCGCUUCUCCUCAAUGCUUGCUGGACAUCGUUCACCCUAAUUGGAAACACUUGGACGGCAUUCUAUGUUGACAAGUUUGGUCGCCGUACGUUUAUGCUGAUAGGUUCCAUCGGUUGCACAGUUUGCGUGAUCUUCUUGUGUGCUCUCACAGCGGAGUUCCUGAAUACUGAAAAUACAGCCGGUCUACGAGCUGCUGUCUUUUUUAUUUUCUUUUACAUCUUCUGGUGGUGUUUCUUUAUUGAUGCGACACAAUACGUGUAUAUUGCAGAGAUCUUUCCAAAUCAUUUACGUUCUCAGGGUGUUGCCCUUGGCUUGUCUAGCUUUUAUCUGGCGUCCGAGAUCACGCUCGUCGGAGCACCUGUUGCACUCAACCAGAUUGGCUGGAAGUUUUACUUAGUUCUGAUAUGUCCUAGCAUCGUUUAUAUCACUCUGAUCUACUUUUUGUUCCCUGAAACGAAAGGUCGAACAUUAGAAGAGAUUGGUGCUCUUUUCGGCGACACGAAUAUUGCAAGUCAUUGGUAUGGCUUGACGGAGGAGGAGAAAAUCAAGAUCCAUGAGCAGGCUUUGGAGAAAAAGUACACUCAUGAUAAAGACGAAGAUGAACAGAAUACCCGGGAAAAGAUGAGUGUUGACGAAGCUAACGACGAUUAUGACAAGAAAGAAGAGCAUUUGGCGUCAACCCACUAA